UGGGUGAUUGAAUUAUUGGGAAGUUGGCCUCUAAACAGAACAAUUAAACAGACAGUGUUAUUUAUCGGAGCUAUUACUUACUACGUGAUCCAUCUGUCAAUGUCGUGCACUGCCUUGAUAAAUGUUCUGGGAAGCCUCGAACUAAUGACAGCGAAUCUGAUGGAGACCACGGUGCAAAUUAUAUCAUUGAUUAGGUUGAUAUAUUUAAAGCUCUCUCCCAGUGUUAAAGAAUCGAUUAUUAGCAUUCAGCAAACUUUAGACACUCAAAAGUGUGAUAAUACUUCAGAGGAAAAAAUUUACGGUUAUUAUUUGUCUAUUGCUAAAAGGUAUUACUCAGUACUGAUGACUUUUUCGGCAACUACGUCUUUUAUGUUCUAUUUGAGGCCUCUUCCUGAAUGCUUUUUAGCUUUGAAUUUAAUUUUAACAAUAUCUUUCUGUCUAAAAUCAAAAGGGCUCAACAAUCAACCAGUUGUUUUAAAACCACCGUACGAAAUAAUUUACGUUUGCUUCAACCUAACUUCUAUCGAACAAGUAAUUAUCGCCUACAUUUACCAAGCACCGAUGUCUUUUCUCCCAUUGGGGUACAUCGCAAUAAUCAAUCUAAAAUUGCUCAUUAUUACAAAUAUUUGUUCGCAACUGGGCGUACUUUCUUACAGGAUCAGAAAUUUGAGAACUAUCGGAAAUGAUAAAAUAUUCGGUAGCAUCGUAAGGAAUCACUUAAAACUUUGGAGGUUGGUGAAAAAUAUUGACAACGCUUGGACAUUGAUUUUCUGUUUUGAACUGAUGUUGUCAACUCUUUUGUGUUCUUUCGUUUCUUAUGGUGCAUUAUUGGCGAUUACUGUCGGGGAAUCAGUAGUGACGGUGAGCUUGAUUACUUAUGUUAUUUCUUCUCUGUUGAUUUUGUUUUCUAAUUGUCUGAUGGGAGAGAUGCUCAAGUUCGAAAGCGAAAAUUUUGAAAAUGCACUCUACUGCCUCGAAUGGUACGACAUGUCAAUUAGUAAUAAGCGCGCCUUAUUAAUUUGUAUGACCAGGGCUUUGUUUCCACUGCAAUUGACCGCUGGAAAAUUUUAUAUUUAUUCAUUCAAUGUCUACACUCAGAUCGUAAAAUUUGCAAUGGGAGUUGUUUCUUUGUUUCGAACAUUAUCAGUAUAA